AUGCCUUAUCGCAUGUUCAUGCAUAAGCAACUUUUAUCGGCACUUGUAGGGUUGUUUCAUCCUAGAGACAUCGCUAAUGCUGGAAAGUUCUUUAGUUCCUCGACUGCUUAUCGACGGUUAGAUAUUUCAGGAAUAUAUCCUCCAAUUCCUACACCUUUCAAUGAAGAUGAAAGUAUCGCAUAUGAUAAGCUGGAAUUCAACAUGAAAAAAUGGAACAAAAUCCCAUUCAAAGGAUAUGUUGUUCAAGGCUCAACUGGAGAAUGUUGUUUUCUGAAUAUGGAUGAACGAAUACAAGUGGUGAAAGAAGUGGUUAGACUUGCUGGCCCAGACAAAUUGGUCAUAGCAGGGUCUGGAUGUGAAUCUACAAGAGAAACAAUAUGGUUGUCUCAGAAAGUGGCAGAAGUUGGAGCUAAAGCUGUCAUGGUUGUUAACCCAUACUAUUUCAAAACUAAUAUGAACCAGGCAGCAUUUCUUGCUCACUAUACAAAGGUCGCAGAUCAGAGUCCAAUCCCCAUUAUUUUAUACAAUAUUCCAAGCAACACUGGAAUUGACAUUCCACCUGAAGUUGUCAUCAAACUAGCAAAGCAUCCAAACAUCAUUGGAAUGAAGGACAGUGGUGGUGAUAUUGUACGUAUAGCUGCUCUUGUGUUUGCCACUGCCUCUGAUGAUUUCCAGAUUUUAUCGGGUUCGGCAGGGUUUCUCUUGCCAGCGUAUGCUGUUGGCUGUGUUGGUGGUAUAUGUGGACUGGCAAACAUGCUUGGUGAAGAAGUUUGCAAACUGUCAGAGUUAUCAAAGUCUUCAGAUAUAAAAGCAGCCAGAGAACUUCAGCUGAGAAUUGUUGGACCAAAUGCUUGUGUUACCCGGCGUUUUGGGGUGCCAGGGAUGAAAGCUUCAAUGGACUGGUUUGGCUACUAUGGUGGACCUCUUCGGUCACCACUUUUGUCUCUUUCAUCCAGUGAAGAAGAGGUAGUUAAACAGGCCUUCCAAAAGUCUAAUUUUCUGUAA